UCACCAUUGAUAUCAAAAGUCGAUGAUUUUCUUCUUUUUUUUCUCUCGACCAAAACCCUAUUUUGGAGUGAUGCACCACGUUUGAGAGUCUUUGAGGGAUCUUCUGUUCCUAGGGUUAAAGUAGACUAAUCAAUACUUAUUAGCUCAAUUUCUGUUGGUAAAGAGGGUUGGAAAGCGUUAUCUGGAUCAAGCUGGGAACAAUGAGCUCUGAUGCAACUUUCCAAGUCUACCACAGUGGAAAGUUUAGUGUCUCAAGUAGCGGUGUAGUUACAUAUGAUGGAGGGGAAAUUCACAAGCUUGAAAGCCAACCGGAGUCAAUGUUGGAGAACUUGGUGGAUUCGUUGAAGCUGUCUUUGUCUGGGCAUAGGAUUUGGUUUAAACUUCCAUUUGAAAGCUUGUCGGAUUUGAAGAUUAUGUGUAAUGGAACUGAUGGAAUAGAGAAGAUGUGUGCAGCUGCAAAUUACACAAAAAAUGUUGAUAUUUUCUUGGAGAAGAACAUGGAGCAAGAAUGUGAUAUUAAUGGCAAUAGAGCUGCUGAUGGUAAAGGUGAUGAGAAUAGAGCUAAUGGUGAAGCUAAUGACAAUGGUGACAGAUUUGAUGCAGAUGAGGAAAAUGUAGGUUGUGGUGAGGAGGAAGAGGUUUACAAUUCUGAGGGUACUCCUCCGCAUUCAGACUGUGAGGGUGAACGGCAGUAUAUUAGAUGCAGAAAGGGCAGUGGAGAGCUUAGAAUAAGUCAGGUAUUUGAUAGCAUUGCGGAAUUCAAGGAAGCUGUGGUUGAUUAUGCGCUUAAAGAAGGAGUAAAUGUUAAGUUCACACGGUGGGGAUCUGAAAAAUGUGAAGUGAAAUGUUCACUUGGUGGAACUUGCAUGUUCAAGAUAUAUUGCUCCUUAGAUAGAACAAUUGGAAAAUACCAAAUUAAAACAUUUCAUGAUGAGCAUUCAUGUAUCCCAGAUGGAUAUAGCAAGGUCUUGAAGGAUGGGGUAAUCGCCAAGUUGUUCUUGGAUGAUAUUAGGAAAAAUCCAUUGAUGAAGCCGAAGGAACUGCAAGAGAGAGUUGAAGAGCGUUACCACCUGACUGUUUCGAAUGACCAAUGCAGAAAAGCCAAAGCAAAAGCUUUGUCCAUCAUUCAAGAUGAGCAAGAUGAGGAAUUUUCUAGGAUAAAAGACUACCGUCUAGCUCUAAAAGAAGCAAAUCCAGGAUCAACUGUGGAGGUGGGAACAGUCACUACUGAUGAUGGUAUAGAGAAAUUUGAUAGGUUUUAUGUUUGCUUAGCACCACUAAGGAAAAUGUGGCUUGCGGAUUGUCGUCCAAUCAUUGGAAUAGAUGGUUGUUUCUUGAAAAAUAAUGUGAAAGGGCAGCUCUUGGCAGCUAUUGGAAGAGACGCCAAUAACCAAUUCUACUCGGUUGCUUGGUGUAUAGUGCCGAUAGAAAACGCAGAUAGUUGGAUCUGGUUUAUUAGGUUACUGAAAAUGGACUUGAACAUUGGUUUGUUUGCUUAUAUGUUUGGUUUGUGUUCUAAUAUGGUUGCUUCUUGAUUGCAGGGUUUAUUAAUAGCUGUUGAACAAGAGUUGCCUAAAGUAGAGCACCGUAUGUGUGCACGCCACAUAUAUGGUAAUCUUAGGAGAGUUU